UUCUAGUUCAGUCCAUUCGCAGUUCAAAUACUCACAUGCUCGGCCCGUCGCCGCCAAGAGAUACAAAAUAGCAAGGCCAGAAGCUAUGCUCGAGUGAACAGCUGACGUUCCGCCGCAGUCGAACGCAACCACACCUCAUAUCUUCGUUGGCCUUCUCGCUGAGGAACCCUCACUGUAGAUGCCCGGAGCUCGAGCCUCGAUCGGCUCACACCUCGUCAGACCAAGAACACCUCCACAGAUGUUGAACGCUAGGAACAUGUCUAAUCAGAGGGGACAGCCGCAAGGAGAUCGACCCGGUGUGCCACGGGAAGAGGUCAAGUCGAACGAGAGGUCGCAGCCGGAAUCGUCAUCUGCAUCGAGACCGACCCCAUCGCCUUUGAACACGCAACAAUCGUCUCCUCUGGCAAGAACCGGACCUCCGCCUCUGCCUGCUCGACCUCCAGUAACACCUACCACCCCUUCAACCUCCUCCUUUUCCUCCUUCUUCAGCUCGAAAGCCAAAUCCUCCGUAUCCUACCUAGCGUCCAACUCUAAACCCUACCGCUCCGCCCUAGCUCAAGCUGGAUCUUAUGUAGCUUCACAAGCCGGUCUCAUACCCGAUCGGUCGGUCAGGGGAAAUGCCGAGGGCAACGACAAGGAGAAGUCGUGGGGAGAGUGGGCUAGGGAUUGGAGAGACCGCAGGGCUCAGGAGGGCAAGGCGGAAGAGUCGUUGAACUUGUUGCCCGGGUGGGUCGUGCUCCGGCCCAGAGCGGAUUAUGACAAGACCAAGACGAGCGGGAAUGCAGAUGAUGACGUCAAACCGUUCGACCUCGAGAUCUCGACGUCGGGGUUCGCCAACUCGUUACGAAGUCCAGAGAAUGCCAGUCGAAGUCAACGGGUGUUUAUGAAGAUUGCCAAGAGCUUCGCGGCACUUCCCAAUCUGCCCGCCAGGAUCGCAGAGGAUCUAGGUGGAGAGCUGAACAUCUCGGCGAUGCCUACCCCAGGCGAUAAGAAGCCCAGCUUGAGCGAAGAGCCGAGCCAGAUGGAUCUCUCGGAGUCGGCGACGACCGGGAUCGGGAUCGGCAAACCUAGGACUGAGGUCGAAGGCGCUCGUAGCAAUGGAAUGGUCCGGAACCCGCAGAUGAAGCGAUCGGCCACGUCGAUGUCGACGGCGUCCGUAUCGUCAUUUUCGUCGAUGGAGGCGAGUUUCUUAAACAUGACGCACGAACAACUGAGGGCGUUUCACGAAAACUUGGAUGCGAGGUUACAGCCGUUCUGGUCUUCGGCCCUGCAACGUCGAGUCCAACUCUCGAUCUAUGCUGUACAAGUCCCCAUGGACAAACAUCCUCGGCAUGGUAUGCAGCAGGGCCACGAGGUCGCCGUCGAACCGCCUGAUCCAGAGGAAGAGCCGCUGAUGAGGAACGUGUUUACGACGGACGCGCAGGGGUUGUUUGCGCAGAAGAUCGUUAUUCCGUGGGAGAGGAUCAUCUCCCACGGACCGAGCUUGUCGAUGGCGUUCCACGAUCCUCCCAAGUUUGAGUACUCGACGGGAGAACUACAGGCACGGACGUCGACGUGGGGGCUGUAUCUGAAGGCCGAGUUGUUGUCUGAAGGAGGCGCGAACCGACUCCCGCCAUCAGCCACGGCACUGCAGCCUCCCUCCUCGCCAUCGUUCACCACGGGAACCUUAUCUGAAGGCCCCAAACCCGUCGAACUCGACGCGGACAUGUGGGACCCUGGUGCGAACGCCUUUUUCUCGCCCAACGCCGUCCCGCUGCACCAAGGGAGCGGUGGUCCGGGAGGUGGGUUGAUGAACCUCGGUGCAACUAGGGUAGUAGCGUCGACGUGGACGCCGAUCGCCAGUGUAGGUGGCGUGCGGGUCAUUUCGGAUCUCGACGAUACGGUCAAGGUUAGCAAUAUCCUAAGUGGCACAAGGGAGGUGUUCAGGAACGCCUUUUGUCGCCCGGUCGAAGAGACGGAAGCCGAGGGCAUGUCGGAACUGUACCGACAUCUGGCAACACAAGGAGUCGCUGGGUUCCACUACGUCUCGAAUUCGCCUUACGAGCUCUUGCCGGUUUUGCAGAAGUUUUUCCAGCAUCAUGCGUUCCCCACUGGAUUUUCGCUCAAGCUUAAAUACUAUGGAGGGAGGAACUUAAUGAACGGACUGUUUGAACCGCCGGGUGAUAGGAAGCGGCCCGGUAUCAUUGAUGUGAUGGAUUCGUUCCCGCGAGCCAAGUUCGUGCUGAUCGGGGAUAGCGGAGAACAAGAUCUGGAACUCUACGUCGCCAUCGCCAAGCAGAGAAAGGACCAGGUGCUGGCGAUCGCCAUCCGAGACGUUACUACGCCGUUCACCGCCGGGCUGAGCCGUUUCGCCACAAACACGUCGAGCUCUUCGUCGCUUCGAUCUGAAGUCAAGACGCCCGUGCGCCAGUCAUCUACGGUUUCGAGUAGCGAGAUCGAUCUGGCUGCGUUGAGUGACGCUCUGGCUGCCGAAAGUUCCAGUUCCGGGGUCGACCAGGCUGCCAAGAGCGGGGUCGCGGGCAGGACUCGCGACGCGGCGAGACGAUUGGCUAGGAAGGCAUCUGAUCUCGAUUUGAGUCGUCUGAAGAUGCACCGAUCGGACAGCAGCGACGACGAUAGCGACGCUCCUCUGCGCUCCGGGCUGAACCCGUCUACGAGGUCGUCAGGCGAAGGAAGUGGAAGCUCGACUCCCCGGAAGAUCAAUCACGACCCGCUGCGACGACACCCGGAAGACCUGGAAGAGGCCAUCGCGGAUAUCGGAGCCGGCGAUGACCUUACCCCGCCUGGUACACCGGGAUUUAACGACAACAUGAUUGUCAAGCAGACCGAGGCCGAGAUGCAAGAAUUAUCCGCGACACAGCUCAAGCUGGUCAAACGGGCGGCGGAAUGGACGGACAGGAGGUACAGGGCGCAGAGAGAACUACCAGAAGGGAUCAAGUUGUUGUUCUUCCAGCAUCCUGUCGAGGUGGAAGAGGAGAUCGUGGCGGUCGUCAGGGCUGUUUAUGGGACGACCCCCGCGAGUUGAGGUCGGUACGAGCGUACCACACACAGUUUUUGUAUGGGGAAUCUCGAUAUCGAAGGAUAGUCAUUGAAUCGGAACCAAGGCAUCAAGCUGCUUGGCUGGACGCCGAACCCAUCAGAGAUGUUGUCUUGUAUUUGCAGACUCUAAAGGACAAUAGGUGAACGGCGACAACGCUUCAUAAUUCAGGUUUGAUGAUGCCUGAUUACCUCUUUUGUACCC